AUGAAGGAAGAGUCAUUCGUAGACAUCGAUGAUCCGCAAAUUGAACUGAAUGCCUCACAGUUCUUGCACGCAUUAAUUCAGGAGGUGCAAAAUGAAAAACAGAAACUGAACCGGGUUGAACAGCUUUCGAUAAAAUGUCGAUUGGAUGAAUCAAUUCAAACAUUCACCCAGCAGUUGUACUGUCCAUUUGUAAUUUAUAAGCAUAUUCGAGAUACCAUUUCGUACGAGCAAAAUUUGAUUGAAAAUGUUUGUGGCGGUCAGCAAACCAUAGAUCCGGAAGCCGCUGACAUCAAUAACAAAUUGAAAGAAUUGACCAUCCAAAUGCAGAUCAAUAAGGGAAAGCAGACCGAGUACAGACAUGAAGUUGAAAAUUGCAAAUUACUUAACUGCAGCGAUAAAAUUCGACAGAAACAACGCUUUCUCGUAGACCGUGCAACCAAUUUGUAUCAGAGCUUUGAAAGUACGAUUGACAAAAUUGAUGCCGUCCAGGUGGUCAUUGUGAAUCGGCUCGGUAAAUGGAAACGUGAUCAAGCAUUGGCUGGUAACGGCGCACCGUUGAAUGGAGACACUUUGGACGAAAUUCAGAGGUGGUUUGAGGCAUUGGGCAAGGUUAUUUUGAAUACGCGACUUUGUAUUGACGCGACACACGAAUUAAACGUCGGCCUUCCAAUGGCCAUGAACAUGGAAGAUGUGAUGAGGAAAAUUACAGCCUUGCUGCAAAAUUUAAUCGUAUCGGGAUUUAUUGUCGAGAAGCAACCACCGCAAGUGAUGAAAAGAAACGUUAGAUUCUCUGCAACCGUUCGACUCCUAACUGCCGAUUUUCACAAGAGCAAUCCAUCUGUCGUCGUGUCCAUUUUAUCAGGCAAGUCAAAAUGCAUUUGGAUGUGA